GGCAAUGCAGUAGGCUCCUUCUCCUUAAUUGAUGAUGCAGUCUCCCAGCUUCUGACUUGUGGCACUGUACAGGAUUCUGCAGUAAGUCAGACCAGCAAGAGGAAGAAGUCUAUGGUGGAAGUGUAUUGGAUUGCCCCCAGCAAUGCUCCACAGCAUGUCCAGUUCCUAGUUACUGUUGUUGCAAAAUACUCCAUUUACUGGGGACCGGGUGAAAAUUCCAGGACCAGUUGUUUCUCAAACUACUCCUCCACCUGUCCUACAGAUUUCAACUACUGCUGCAUUACCAGUGCCAACCAAGUCAGCUCUAACACAGCGGUUCAGCGCGCAUCUGGAUGUGGCCGCAGUAAAUUCUGCGUAAGGAAUCCAACUUCUUGUGACCCGGAACGGGAUACGCAGUGCUUUUUCUUGUCCUUCCAGAAGAAAUCUAACUCCAUGCAGAUUGAAUUGAGCGGACCAGGGAAAGGUUAUGUGUCGUUUGCCUUGUCACAUGACCAGUGGAUGGGUGAUGACGACUACUACUUGUGUGUGAUAGAGAUGACCAGACAGUUGAUGUAAACCCAGCAUAUGCUACAGGACGG